CUAUCACUCUCAGCCGCCAUUGGAAGGGAGAUGCCGUAUCCAUGGUAACAGUCUUGUGAUCCCCGGGCUCUAGUUCUGUCCAGUCCGGGGAGCAGGGAGGGAACCUGGCAGCCUCCUCGGGGAAACACCCGCUGCACAGGCCGCGCCCAAGGCUCCUACUGGAGAAAACAUUUCGUCUUCUUCUUCUUCUUCUUAGUUUGGAAGGAGCUCAGUGAGUGAACACCAUGACUGGUGAGUGAGGGAGGGGAUGGGGGGAUAACACUGCCAGGGGUUAUUAUAUUAUACUGGGGGGCAGUUAACCCUAACACUGCCAGGGGUUAUUAAUUAAUAUUGGGGGCAGUUAACCCUAACACUGCCAGGGGUUAUUAUAUUAUACUGGGGGGCAGUUAACCCUAACACUGCCAGGGGCUAUUAAUUAAUAUUGGGGGGCAGUUAACCCUAACACUGCCAGGGGUUAUUAAUUAAUAUUGGGGGGCAGUUAACCCUAACACUGCCAGGGGUUAUUAUAUUAUACUGGGGGGCAGUUAACCCUAACACUGCCAGGGGUUAUUAUAUUAUACUGGGGGGCAGUUAACCAUAACACUGCCAGGGGUUAUUAUAUUAUACUGGGGGGCAGUUAACCCUAACACUGCCAGGGGUUAUUAUAUUAUACUGGGGGGCAGUUAACCAUAACACUGCCAGGGGUUAUUAUAUUAUACUGGGGGCAGUUAACCCUAACACUGCCAGGGGUUAUUAUAUUAUUAUAUUGGGGGGCAGUUAACCCUAACACUGCCAGGGGUUAUUAUAUUAUACUGGGGGCAGUUAACCAUAACACUGCCAGGGGUUAUUAUAUUAUACUGGGGGGCAGUUAACCCUAACACUGCCAGGGGUUAUUAUAUUAUACUGGGGGGCAGUUAACCCUAACACUGCCAGGGGUUAUUAUAUUAUACUGGGGGGCAGUUAACCCUAACACUGCCAGGGGUUAUUAUAUUAUACUGGGGGGCAGUUAACCAUAACACUGCCAGGGGUUAUUAUAUUAUACUGGGGGCAGUUAACCCUAACACUGCCAGGGGUUAUUAUAUUGGGGGGCAGUUAACCCUAACACUGCCAGGGGUUAUUAUAUUAUACUGGGGGCAGUUAACCAUAACACUGCCAGGGGUUAUUAUAUUAUACUGGGGGCAGUUAACCCUAACACUGCCAGGGGUUAUUAUAUUAUUAUACUGGGGGGCAGUUAACCCUAACACUGCCAGGGGUUAUUAUUUUAUAUUGGGGGGCAGUUAACACUAACACUGCCAGGGGUUAUUAUUUUAUACUGUCUCAUAUUAGGGGAGAUAACCUGCUACAGGGGAUAAUGUUAUUUAUUGGCUCAUAGUGGGGAGGGCUGUUUAAUAUGAAAGAGCUUGUUAUAGAAGUGUUAUGGAGAGAGAUUGGGGAGGGCUGGGUGAUGUAUGUAAAGGUGGAGGUUAUUGUGAGGGUAAUUAAAUGCAUAAAUAAUUUAUAUAUAAGUUCUGUUCCUGCAUGCAUUGGAAUAUUGUCUGAUAUAAACUACUGUCACAUAGGGGAAUAUGUCCCAAGCGAAUGGGAAUAUUCCAACGCCGUCUGUUUUAUUGAAAAAUGGGUUAAACAGGUUUUAAUGCAAUUAAUGAGACCAUUCACUCUUCAAUAAUAGGCCAGUAUUCUCAUUGUUAAAGAAUGAAAUGUCUGUAGAUGGGUUUAUUGUUGGAAAUAACUCUUUAUAAAGUGCCACAGAGUAUCUGCAUCAAUUAUUACAUGACUGCUACUGCCCAGUCCUACCCAUUCACAGGUGUCAGAGAUCAGGAAUUCAAUGUUAAUUUACAAUUUUACACCAAAUAACCAACUGAAUACACACCCAGCUAUGAAAAUAUCUCCCGCUGCUGAGGCCUGACACCUGAGAUUCACUUUAUAUUUUCAUAUAUUAGUAAAUAACUGAAUGUUUUGGAUUGAAAGCUGUUUAGGCUGGGCACGUUUCACCCAAGGUUCCAGUAUGUCAAUCAUGUCUUGUUCGAAUUUUGUGUCUGUCUUGUUUACCUAUUGUACAGCGCUGUGGAAUAUGGUAGUGCUAUAUGAAUGUAAUUGACUAUUUGGUGGGUUUCAAUCUGUUUCUGGGCACCAUAAAAGGGUUAUGAUAUUUGAGGUAUUGGGCACCUUGCAAGCCCUGUCAUUUGGAUGAAUAGACCCAGGGUUCCCCAAAUAUUCCAAAUGUAAAAUAAAACAGUUUUAUCGUAACGGUUCAUGAUUAUUGAUGUUUUAUAUAGCGCCAACAUAUUCUGCAGCGCUUUACAAUAUUGUAGACUUUAACAAUUAAUGAGAAAAACUAUCAAAGAUUUGGAUCUUAAUGAAAGUUCACUAAGGACCCUGCUCGAACAAGUCCACGUAGAUUUUCUGUAUAUUUAAGGGGUAAAUCACUCCCAUCAUUAUUUACACAAGGGAGCUCUCCCCUUUAUUAACCAUAUAUUACAGCGCACGCCCUGCUAUUAAACACGCAUCCUCCCAUUACAGAGCAGAACCUGUAUGUACAGGCACAGCACACUACUGCGAUUAGGUGCUGCAGCACUUAUUGGGGCUUAUUCUAUAUCUCCCAUGUCCAGUUACUGUUCUCGUAUUUAACAUUUAUUUAUUGUUUUUGUCUCUGAAAUAACUUUUAUCAAGGUUUUCAUAUCCGACCAUUUAAAAUGAGUCUUUCCUGUUUAUAUAAAUCUGGGAACACACCUUCAAGGCUUCAAUGGGGGUUGUGUGCUAAUCGCCAAAUAAAAAACUGAUUUACCUAAUUUAAAUCAUUGUUCAAUGUCUAAAUGUUUUAUAUAUUGAUCAGGACAUGCAGCAGAUGAUGAUGUUGUUGUUGUUGAGAUGUCUGUUUUAUUUAUGCUCAAAUUUUUUGUUUUUUUACUGAAUUUUCAAAACAAUAUUACAAAGUAAAAGAAACACUCAUGUUGAUCCAUGCUCAAGAUCUGGUCUGGGGCUGUUUUUAUUUCUCCCCAGAAUUAUUGAUAAAUCUUCUUUUCCGAGGGUACGUGAUGGGCUUCUCUUUCAUUAGAGAGUAUGCCAUGUAAGUGGAUUCUGCCGGUGGUUCUGGAAGAUUUGUUUAUGAAACGGCACCGUAAUUUGGCACCCAGAUAGAUCCCAAGCCGGCAGAGUAUAACGAGGAUCAGGUGCCACUCCUUUAAUAACAUGAAAAAAUGCAUGGAUACCGCAGACAGAGCUGGGUAUAUCACGUGUCCCACCAUUGGUACUGCUGCGGGUUGAGAAAUGCAUGUCACUCCCCAUUACCCGUCAUAAUUCAUCUGUUCACCUAUUGUACAGCGCUGCGGAAUUUGUUGGCGUUUUAUAAAUAAUAACUUCCAUAAUCCACAAGCAAUGCAGGGAAUGGCAUCUACCUGUAGCUAGAGGAGAGGAUUUGUGUUUUAAUACAGUGAUUUUCUUGUUCAGAACACUUGUCACAUGUCUUCCCAGCGGCUUAUUGAGGGUAAGAUAAUUCCCUAAGGGGCCUCAGUGAGGAAUGUUCUAUCUCCAUAGCCGAUAUAAAACUGAGCAGAAAUUGGCCUUGUCAUGAUGAUUCUCCAGCAGUUUGCUUGGGGUGUGUGUGUUUAUCAAGAAUUUUUAUUAAGAAUUGGUGGCUUUGAUUUGCCCUUAACAUAUCUGUUUCUUGAAAUCCGCCUUUCUGUUGACUCUGGAAGAACCUGCAUCCCCAUUCAUUAUACUCUGUGCCAACAUUUAAAGUGUUUCCAGUUUAUCCCAGCCAGUUUCCACUCCUUUUGUAAAGAGAAGCUCUGAUGGCGGUUACCUACACAAAGCACAAUUAGUCAUCUAAAUUUUGGUUAAGGAAGCUCGCGUGGUGGGUGUGACGGACCGCCUGGCACCCCGACCGGGUGCCUCCGUCAUCAAUUCUCCUAGUGCUCACCGAGGACUCCAAGCACUCCACCAGACACCAUAAGAACAGUAGACCCCACAAACCGCCGCAGUUUGGCUGGGGUCUCGUUGUCCUCCACCCACCCUGGACCCAAGACCAGGAUCCAGCUUCCAGUGCAUGAACCUCUCCUACUCCAGAGAGUAUAUCAGGGACAGCUCUCAUAAGAGCUAGUGAUUAGAAUCCACGGGAGUAUAAGGAGUAUAGCAAUCCCCAGAGUAAAUAUAGCUGUCCCCUCCACACAUGAGACUAGGCUCUAUGUUGAGGGUGAAGAUAAACUGAUUUUAAUGGUGCCACACUUGGCCUUAUAGGGCAAUCCCCAUGCAAGGGGUAUGCCCACAUGGACCUGAUGGUAGACUGAUUUACAAUGUCACAGACCAAUAACAAUAAGGUUACAAGGCACGACACUCCCACACACAGCACACAAUCCCUCCUCUCUGCCUGGGAGAUAGAGUCAGAUACUGUAUUAACUGAAUUAUGUCUAGGCAGAAAAAACACAUAUUAUUAUAAAACCCCCAAAGUACGCCCAAAACACAAAAUAUCCCCACAAAUGUUACAUCCACUGAUAGCCCCGAUCUGGGUGACCAACAUAUCCCAAAAUCACCCAGAUCAGUUCAGGAAUUAUAUGGAAGCCAUUUAUUUGACCAACUGCAGGCAUGGUCCCAUGCCAAAAACAGUUCCAGAGAAUCAGGGCUUGCGGUCGGUCUAGUUCGGUAGUUUGAAAACGAACAAACUCCCGAACAGAGUCAAUAGUCUUACCCUGGAGCUUGUUCCAUUCAUCCAGACGAAUGAUCUCACUGAACAGUGCCCUUCUAAGUUGUAUAGAAUUGAACGCAGGCGGUGAUGGAAGUCCAGCGUUGUUCAGGAGUUUCUGUUUCCGAUUUUUAGUUCCAUGAGAUUCAUGCCCAAACACCGCUGCCUGUGCUCAUGCGAACAAGAUGGCCGCCACCUCGUGGUUGUCCAUAGGAAUUGCGGCCACCCAGACGAAUAUUUAGAACACGUCAAUGAGAACGUUCCAAGUUGUUGAUAGAUGUUAACAAGCUCCAGUGUGGUCUCUGGUUCGUGCGGUUGUUCGAGAGUAUAACUGUAUAACCCCUCAUAUUACACAGCCUAGCAGCGGCCGUAUUGAGUCUGAUCUGACUAUCCUUUAACUUAUUAUACUCUGUAUCCCCCCUCAUAUUACACAGCCUAGCAGCGGCCGUAUUGAGUCUGAUCUGACUAUCCUUUAACUUAUUAUACUCUGUAUCCCCCCUCAUAUUACACAGCCUAGCAGCGGCCAUAUUGAGUCUGAUCUGACUAUCCUUUCACUUAUUAUACUCUGUAUACCCCCCUCAUAUUACACAGCCUAGCAGCGGCCAUAUUGAGUCUGAUCUGACUAUCCUUUAACUUAUUAUACUCUGUAUCCCCCCUCAUAUUACACAGCCUAGCAGCGGCCGUAUGGAGUGUGAUCUGACUAUCCUUUAACCUAUUAUACUCUGUAUAACCCCCUCAUAUUACACAGCCUAGCAGCGGCCGUAUUGCGUCUGAUCUGACUAUCCUUUAACCUAUUAUACUCUGUAUAACCCCUCAUAUUACACAGCCUAGCAGCGGCCGUAUGGAGUGUGAUCUGACUAUCCUUUAACCUAUUAUACUCUGUAUCCCCCCUCAUAUUACACAGCCUAGCAGCGGCCAUAUUGAGUCUGAUCUGACUAUCCUUUAACCUAUUAUACUCUGUAUCCCCCCCUCAUAUUACACAGCCUAGCAGCGGCCGUAUGGAGUCUGAUCUGACUAUCCUUUAACUUAUUAUACUCUGUAUCCCCCCUCAUAUUACACAGCCUAGCAGCGGCCGUAUGGAGUCUGAUCUGACUAUCCUUUAACCUAUUAUACUCUGUAUACCCCCUCAUAUUACACAGCCUAGCAGCGGCCAUAUUGAGUCUGAUCUGACUAUCCUUUAACUUAUUAUACUCUGUAUCCCCCCUCAUAUUACACAGCCUAGCAGCGGCCGUAUGGAGUCUGAUCUGACUAUCCUUUAACCUAUUAUACUCUGUAUACCCCCUCAUAUUACACAGCCUAGCAGCGGCCAUAUUGAGUCUGAUCGGACUAUCCUUUAACCUAUUAUACUCUGUAUCCCCCCUCAUAUUACACAGCCUAGCAGCGGCCAUAUUGAGUCUGAUCUGACUAUCCUUUAACCUAUUAUACUCUGUAUCCCCCCUCAUAUUACACAGCCUAGCAGCGGCCGUAUUGAGUCUGAUCUGACUAUCCUUUAACCUAUUAUACUCUGUAUACCCCCCUCAUAUUACACAGCCUAGCAGCGGCCAUAUUGAGUCUGAUCUGACUAUCCUUUAACCUAUUAUACUUUGUAUAACCCCCUCAUAUUACUAUAUAUUUCUAUCCAUAACAUAGGCACCCAGAUCACUUGAGCUCAAUGAAGUGGUCUGGGUGCGAGGUCCCCCUAGUUUUAACCCUGCAGCUGAAAACAUGUUUCAGAGAAACAAGCAGGGUUAAUCCAGCCUCUAGUUGCGCUGGAUUAAAUCGCCCUUAUCUGACGCUGGACAUCCUCACGGAGUCCAGCGUCAGAUAAGAUCCCCAUAGGGAAGCACUGAGUAAUGCUUUUCUAUGGGCGGGUUUGAAUGUGCGCCUGCCUCUGGCUGCGCAUGCGCAUUCUGCUCCACUUGGAAGCUGACGUCGAUGGAGGAGGAGAGGUCAUCAGUGCCAAGGGAGCCCGGUGAGGGAGCGGAAUGCGGGGCACUCCAAGAGCCUAUAGUGCCAGGAAAACGGGUUUGUUUUCCUGGGACUAUAGGAUCCCUUUAAAUGUUUUUGUAUUGUGGAGUAGAGGUACGCUUAGCACCAUGUUUUAGAUUUCAGGCAGCUGAUCAUUUAAUAGAUCGGAUCCUAACACAGCUGCUUGUAUGUUUGGGAGAGCGUGGUGUAAUAUACUUGUUUAGUGCUUGGUGAGAAUGUUAUUUGAUUCACGGGCUCACCUCUGAAUGCUGUAUGUUAAGAGCAAUAAUCUGGGGUUAUUAUUUCUAAAGUGAAGCAAUCGGUAGGAUAAUCUUCCAUGGUGACUGCUGCCCCAUAGAGAGGCAGAGGAAUGUUGGUGCUGAUAUCUCCUUCAUAGAUGCCUUGUAUAGACUGUGUAGACAAAAUUAUCGAGACACACCUUUUAAUUACUGAAUUCAGGUGUUUCAAUCUGACUUAUUGCUACAGGUGUAUAAAACCAAGCACCUCGCCAGCAGUCUGUAUUUACAUACAUAUGUGAAAAAAUGGGUCGAAGAGGUCAGUGAGUUCAAGCGUAGUACUCUCAUUAGACGCCACCUUUGCAAUAAGUAUGUUUGUAAAAUUUCAUUCCGGCAAGAUAUUCGACAGUCAACUGUAAGUGGCAUUAUUGGAAAGUGGAAUCGUUUAGAAACCGCAGCAACUUGGCCACAAAGCAGAAGAUCCAGUAAAGUCACAGAGGGGGGUCACCGAGUGCUGAGACGCAUGGUGUAUAAAAAUCACCAACGCUCUGCUGAUUCCAUAGCUGAUGAGUUCCAAACUUCCACUGGCAUUAAUAUCGGCACAAAAACUGUGCAACGGGAGCUUCGUGGAAUCGGUUUCCAUGGCCGAGCAGCUGCAUGCACCUUAGAAGCACCUACAUUAAAAAACACAACAUACUUUUUUUAAUGUAAGUUUAUAUAUGAUCUCACCCCCUUUUCCCCGUCAGCCGCUCCUCCUCUUCUUAGAUUAUCCAUCCAGACUAUCCAUGGUUCAGUCUCCAGCCCAAUAAUGAAAUUAUAAAAAGGAACCAAUUGUGAGGACUUUCAGUUACUGUAGUCUGUAUGAGGAAGUGAGAGCCACUAAGAGACACACUGACUGACAGAUGUAAACAUCGCAGGGUUCUUACACCAAUACUACAUCGAGAUACCAGGAUUUUGGUGCUUUGUGUGUCCCUAUAAAAACUGAAAGACCGUAAUCAAACACAUACUCCUGAUUGUCACUCAGAUGGUGUAAAUCUCCAGGGGCUGAUAGUUCAACCAAUCCUUUCCGCUCCAUUAAUUUCAACAAUUGAGGAGAAGGAAAGAGUAUAACAUUAAUUAAUAUAUACAAUUUAUCUUACAUUAUCAGCAGCUGCCAAGUGACUUAACUGGCCGACUAACUUGAUGUUUAUUAUUAUUAUUAUUAUUAUUAUUAUAUAUAGAAGUACUUGCCUAGCAGUAGUGUGACAGGAGAACUGGCCACAAUUAGUAAAUCGCUGGAACUCGAAUGGGGACGAAUUUCACGCUGUAAUAAUGCCAGUUAUUUGUAUUGUUUAUCAUGUCAUGCUGCGUAACACGUUCUGUUAACUGCUAACCCCUCGUUUUCCAUGUUCGUCUUGAUUCCAGGUAAAAGGGCGCUUGUGGUCCUGGCCCACCAGGAGAAGACAUCAUUUAGCUAUGCCAUGAAGGAAGCGACUCUGGAAGCUCUGAAGAAGAAAGGCUGGCAGGUCACUGUGUCCGAUCUUUACGCCAUGAAAUUUAACCCUGUGUUGUCACGGGAUGACAUUCUAGGUAACUCAGACUUCAGUCUGUGCUCUCAGAAUACCGCUACGGCUGUCAUGAUUGUUAUAAAGGUAGCAAGAUGAUAAAGAACAAGAUUUUGUUUUACAGAACAUGCACUAUGCAUAUCUCACUAGUGUCCCUAUUGAAGAGGACAGUCCUUAUUUUGAGCCCAAAUCCCUCUGUCCCUCUCUUCUAUCCUAUUAUCGCUCUUUUCUAGGAGCUCAAUAUUAAUGAUCUGUCUCCGUGUAUAGCAGAGCUCCACAGCGAUAAUACUCCCAGUAAUGUGUCUGCGUGUAUAACAGAGCUCCACAGCAAUAAUACUCCCAGUAAUGUGUCUGAGUGUAUAACAGAGCUCCACAGCAAUAAUACUCCCAGUAAUGUGUCUGAGUGUAUAGCAGAGCUCCACAGCAAUAAUACUCCCAGUAAUGUGUCUGAGUGUAUAACAGAGCUCCACAGCAAUAAUACUCCCAGUAAUGUGUCUUUACACUACAAUAAACAUGUUUAGAAUUCAGUCUGUGGAAAUAAGAUAACAUUGUUAGUUUUAUGAAUUGUGUUUUGCUGUAAAUGGAGAUUGCCAACUUGGUAUAAUAUCAUAACAGUCGUGGACAAGACAAUAAGAGGAGAAGAUGAUAUAAUGCUGUAGGGGCUUAUUGACUAAACUCAGAAUUUUACAGGAUCGAAAUCACAGUGGCAAAAUUUAGGCUAAAGUUGUGAGUUUACAGCAGAGUUUGAGAAUUUUGGAGAACAGCUGAUUGAGUCUGAAUAUUCCCAUUCAGAUCUUCAUUUACUACAAUGAAUCGAUUAGUAUCACACCCCUAUAUAGUGAAUAUGUAGUAAUUUUAUACCAAAAUAGCAGUUUAGUGGAUUCUUCUAAAUAUUUCUCAGGUUUAUAGACUGUAAGCUUAAUGUUAGCUCUGCCAGUCUGUAUUAGAGGCUCCGUGUGUUUCACGUCUUUUACAUGAUCUGAAACAGGAAUUCAAUCAUUCCUCAUUGCCCUUCCCUGGAAGCUUGACUUUGUGUAAUUCCGAGAUAUGUACCUGUGCUAUACAUAAAGUGCUCCUAUAUACCAUGUAUAUUCAUGUACUCCAGUGGGAACAUAUCUAUGACCAGAUAAGAGGUCUUGCCCCCAAACAUGCAUUGAUCAUGUGAUCUGUUUCAGUACUUGUGUAUUAGAUCACCAGCUGCCAUGGAAUACAGUGGCAAGGGUUUAACAGAGUGCUAUUCUUACACCAACUCUUCAGCUCAUUCCAAAGCAAUGGUUUCACUUUAACCCUUACAGAACCAAUGACUGUCACCAUACCAAUCUAGUACAAGAGACCCCGUAUCACAAGGUCCAUUAAUAUUUUUGUUGCAAUCUCCAGGGGAUCAGAAAUGGUGGUAAAUAUGUCUCAUCCAUACUCUGUGAUAUUAUCUGUUUUUAUCUCUCAGGAGAUCCCGAAGAUCCCAAUAACUUCAAGUAUUCCCCUGAAGCAUCGAAGGCUUGGAAAGAAGGACGUCUUAGCAAAGACAUAGUAGAAGAGCAGAAGAAACUGGAAGCUGCUGAUUUGGUCAUAUUCCAGGUAACCGUCGAUAUUUAGGUAUUAACCUAACCUUGAGUUAUAACAAAUGAAAUCCAAAUAGAAAAACAGAGGCACAAAAUAGCAGAUCUGGAAAAAUUCUCUAACUGGGCCAUGGUCACAACUUCCUUUUCCCGUUAGAUUUAGUUCGUGAAUAACCUUGAUUGUGUGUUUGGGUACCUGCCCAUGUAGGUCACUUGUGUGAUGCCCCAGGUAUCUGUGGGUAAGUGGUACUCCACUCAUUGCUACACACUGCACUGGGAUCCUGUGACAUGUCCGGUCAUGUUCUACAAACUGCACUGGGCUAUGACCGGUCAUGUUCUACAAACUGCACUGGGAUCCUGUGACAUGUCCGGUCAUGUUCUACAAACUGCACUGGGAUCCUGUGACAUGACCGGUCAUGUUCUACAAACUGCACUGGGAUCCUGUGACAUGUCCGGUCAUGUUCUACAAACUGCACUGGGAUCCUGUCACAUGACCGGUCAUGUUCUAUACUGCACUGGGAUCCUGUGACAUGUCCGGUCAUGUUCUACAAACUGCACUGGGAUCCUGUCACAUGACCGGUCAUGUUCUACAAACUGCACUGGGAUCCUGUGACAUGACCGGUCAUGUUCUACAAACUGCACUGGGAUCCUGUCACAUGUCUGGUCAUGUUCUACAAACUGCACUGGGAUCCUGUCACAUGUCCGGUCAUGUUCUACAAACUGCACUGGGAUCCUGUGACAUGACCGGUCAUGUUCUACAAACUGCACUGGGAUCCUGUGACAUGUCAGGUCAUGUUCUACAAACUGCACUGGGAUCCUGUGACAUGACCGGUCAUGUUGUACAAACUGCACUGGGAUAUGAUCAGUCAUGUUCUACAAACUGCACUGGGAUCCUGUGACAUGUCCGGUCAUGUUCUACAAAAUGCACUGGGAUAUGACCGGUCAUUUUCUACAAACUGCACUGGGAUCCUGUGACAUGUCUGGUCAUGUUCUACAAACUGCACGGGGAUCCUGUGACAUGACCGGUCAUGUUCUACAAACUGCACUGGGAUCCUGUCACAUGACCGGUCAUGUUCUACAAACUGCACUGGGAUCCUGUCACAUGACCGGUCAUGUUCUACAAACUGCACUGGGAUCCUGUCACAUGACCGGUCAUGUUCUACAAACUGCACUGGGAUCCUGUGACAUGUCCGGUCAUGAUCUACAAACUGCACUGGGAUCCUGUGACAUGUCCGGUCAUGUUCUACAAACUGCACUGGGAUCCUGUCACAUGACCGGUCAUGUUCUACAAACUGCACUGGGAUCUUGUGACAUGUCUGGUCAUGUGCUACAAACUGGACUAGAAUUUUGUGAUAUUAAGUCAUGUUCUCUUUCCGCAGUUUCCGGUGUAUUGGUUUGGACUUCCUGCUAUUCUGAAGGGCUGGUUUGAUCGUGUUUUAACCCAGGGAUUUGCUUACAGCAUGCAAGGCAUGUAUGAUACUGGGAAUUUUAAGGUGAGCAGAACUUUUACUAUAAUUCGUUCAUUCAGUAUUCUUGAAACCGUUUUUGUUCAUGUAAAUGGUUUAGAGCUCAGUCUAUUAAACAUAAAGGGGAAAGAGAAUUAGUUGGAACCAAUAGGACAUUUCUGUCUUGUCACUAAAGUCACCCAUACCAUCUCCGCUUUAAUGCUGGGUGCAGUGUCCCUGUCCUUUUAACACUGCAAUGUAAAACAUUGGAUUUAAAAAAAAAAUAAAAAAAAAAUAGAAACUGCAGUGUUUACAUUGAAAGGUUAAGUCCAUCUCCAGUGGCUGUUAUGGACUGAGUUAAAUUUGGACAUGUGCUACAGAAGUCCCAUAUAAAAAGCUUUCAUUCAAUGCUUACCUAUGUGAAAAGUUGAAAUGUGAGUGUGUGUGCUCAUUUAUGAAGAACGUUGGAUUGGCCUAUUCCUAUUUCAUAAUGUUGCAGGAGGAAGAGAGGUGAUCAGCAAUGAGGGAGCCUCGGCAUGAACAAGCUAAGGGGACACUAUAGUCACCAGAACAACUACAGCUUAUUGUAUUUGUUCUGGUGAGUAGAAUCAUUCCCUUCAGGCUUUUUGCAGUAAACUGUUUGUUUCAGAGAACGUGCAGUGUUUACAUUACAGCCUAGUGAUAACUCCACUGGCCACUCCUCAGAUGGCUGCUAGAGCUGCUUCCUGGGGCAGUGCUGCAGUGUGACUGACAUUCAGUGUCUCUGUCCUCUGCAUGCAGACACUGAACUUUCCUCAUAGAGAUGCAUUGAUUGGCCAGGGCUGUGUUUGACUUGUGUUGGCUCUGCCCCGAUUUGCCUCCUGGACAAGUUCCAACAAUUCUGUGAGAAAGCAUUGUGAUUGGCUCAGAGAACCACUUCUAAUGAUGUCAGCCAAGCAGGCAGAUCAGAGGCAGCAGCUGCAGACUUGAAUACAAGUAAAUGAAUGUGUAGGGCACCACCUAAUGGUCAAACUAAAUAUUGCGGCAGUUCUCUUUACCCCAUUAUUUAUUAAACUCCAACCUUGUCUGCAGCACUGCACAAUAGUAUGGGUUAGAAACCGGCGGGUGUACUGUGAGACAAUGUGUAUAAAUAUUAAUGGAGAUACAGACUGGGUUGAUAACUGUCAUUGCAAACUGAUCUGUCUCUAGGAAUUAAAAAGAACCAUUUGUUGUGGUGGGAGGGAUUUAUAUUCAACUGUAAACGAGGUAGAUUACAAAUUUACUGCUCUCCAGUUAAUUGCAGGUAACACAUCACUGGCAGAUGAGGUAGCAGACCAUAUACAGGUUUAUUCACUAAAGGGAGAAUUUUAAAGAGAACUUCAAAUUUAAGGGCAGAGUAGCCAAACUGAAAGCAUAUCCGACUUAGAGGAUUUUUACAGUUUGGCUACUUUGACCUUAAAUGCGAAAUUCACUUUGAAUUUGUGUUCAGUACAUGCAAAGCUGCUCAUUCCAGUGUGAGACAUAUUCCUCUCGAGACUAAACCAAAUACAAAUGGUGUACAAUGUUAAAAUGGGAAAUCAGCAGGAACAUUCUAUUGGUUUCCAUGGUGAUUGUAUCAGCUGUGAAGCAUUCCGCAGGAACAUUCCAUUGGUUUCCAUGGUGACUGUUUCAGCUGUAGCGCAAUCAGCAGGAACAGUCUAUUGGUUUCCAUGGUGAUUGCUUUAGCUGUACAGCAAUCAGCAGGAGCAUUCCAUUGUUUUUCGUGGUGAUUGUAUCAGCUGUGAAGCAUUCCGCAGGAACAUUCCAUUGGUUUCCAUGGUGACUGUUUCAGCUGUAGCGCAAUCAGCAGGAACAGUCUAUUGGUUUCCAUGGUGAUUGCUUUAGCUGUAAAGCAUUCCGCAGGAACAUUCCAUCAGUUUCCAUGGUGAUCACACCACUUUUUUUGUUUGUGUUACUUCAAAUAUUUGCUUGUUUUCUUCCUAAAACAGAAUAAGAAAGCAAUUUUGUCCUUCACCACUGGCGGCUUGGAAUCCAUGUAUACUCCUGCUGGUAUCAAUGGCGACAUUAAUGUCAUUCUGUGGCCCAUACAGGUAAGAGAGGUACAGGAGACAAUGUCCUGUUGUACAAUAAUUACAUAGUAUGUAAAUGAGUUCCUGGCAUUUGCUGAAUAAAAAGUGUAUAUUUUGAGUUUAGUAAGCCAUGGGUUCCAAUGCAAUAUUCUGGGACAGACGGUUUUUCACUUAAAGGACCACUCUAGGCACCCAGACCACUUCAGCUUAAUGAAGUGGUCUGGGUGCCAGGUCCCUCUAGGAUUAACCCCUUUUUUUAUAAACAUCGUUUCAGAGAAACUGCUAUGUUUAUAAUAGGGUUAAUCCAGCCUCCAAAUCCUCUAGUGGCUGUCUCAUUGACAGCUGCUAGAGGCGCUUGUGUGCUUCUCACUGUGAAAAUCACAGUGAGAGCACGCAAGCGUCCAUAGGAAAGCACUGAGUAAUGCUUUCCUAUGAGACUGGCUGAAUGCGCGUGCAGCUCCUGCCGCGCAUGCACAUUCAGCCGAAGAGGAGGAUCGGAGGCGGAGAGCUCCCCGCCCGGUGCUGGAAUAAAGGUAAGUUUAACCCAUUUCCUCACCAUCCAGCCCGGUGGGUGGGGGCACCCUCAGGGCACUCUAGUGCCAGGAAAACAAGUGUGUUUUCCUGGCACUAUAGUGGUCCUUUAAGUCAGAAUUCAAGGUGAAUUUCAAAUUUAAGAUCCAAACAAGCAAAUUGGAAGAAUUCUCUAAGUCAGCAAUGCUUUUAGUGUGGCUACUCUGACCUUUUACAUUAAAAACUCACCUUUAGUUAAUAACCCUGUGGAUGUCAUAGAGCCAUAUCUAUAAUAAUUCAGACAUUGAGAUGCUUCAUCUCAUCAGUCAAAUGGACUGUAUAAAAAGCAGCUGGUGUAAGAGUAACGGUCAUCUGAACCUAGCUAACCUCCGUGCACCAAUUUACAUACAGUCCAAAUACUUAAAGCGGUAGUCUGGCAAUAUAAGUACUGCAGCUUUGUGUAUUAUUACAAUUCUGUAUUAUCACAGCUCAUUAUAGUAGUCAUGUUGCAAAUAGCCUCAAUUCCCAUUAAAAAAAUGUAUUUUUGGAUACGGUUUGAUUAAAAUCUAGGGCUCUCCCUAGAAUUCAUUUGCUCCUGAAUACAAUAAUAAUUUGUACUAUCAUUACUUGGUCUAAGCUGGACGGCAGUGAUAACAUGAUGCUUUGUAAGGGAACGGUAGCACACCAGAUGCAUCAUGGGAAAUGUAGUGCAGAAACAUGGAUGACAGGGUUCGCCUUCACAAGCUUAGGUGAAGUAUUAGAUAGAAGUUUGAGAAGUACUGUGGUAGAUAGGCGUUCACUAUAGAAAUUAAAUGUUGGAAGGGAAAAAAAGUGCCAACAGCAACCCCACUUUCAUAAAUAAAUGUCCAAUUUAAACAUGCUAAUUUGCUGGGGUGUCUCAAGCAACACGAGGGUUGAAAUGGCCUGUUUUUUUGUGUUGUUGCACAAUCUGUUUUUUAACACUGAUUACAUAUGGCAGCUUUCUGUACCGCAGUGACCGCCUUGCUCUGAGGUUCAGCCAGUUUACAUUAAUCUUUUGUAUGUUCUUUGCAGCAAGGCGUCCUCCACUUCUGUGGCUUCCAGGUUCUAGAGCCACAGAUCUCUUACAGCAUCGCACAUACUCCUCCUGAGAAGCGCUCUAUGAUUCUGGAGGCCUGGCAGGAGCGCUUGGGCAAGGCCUGGGAGGAGAAGCCCAUCAGCUUUGUACCCAAUGAGAAUUUCAACCUGAGCUUUCCAGGUGGUUUUGUACUUAAAAAGGAAGUUCUGGAGAAGGAAUCUGACAACAAGUAUGGACUGACUGUGGGGCAGCACCUGGGUAAACCUCUGCCCUGUGAUAAUCAGGUGAAAGGGGGCAGCACCAGGCUCUGAGUGCGUUUUACUGACCUAUGUACUACCUGUACAAUAAAUGCCAGUGUUUCUCAGUAAUCAAUA